AUGGCAACCAAGACACGGCAAUUGUACACUACUUUUGAUUUCAUGUUUAGAGGACAAACAGCACUAGUUACUGGAGGUUCUAGAGGUAUUGGGUUGGCCAUAGCAAAGAAACUUGCUAAUCAGGGUGCAUCAAUUACACUACUAGCAAAAAAUGAAGCUCUUUUGCAGCAAUCUGUGAAGCAACUUCCUUCAGAUUACAAUCAGCAUCACACAAUUCAACUGAUGGACUUACUUCAGCUUGUAGAGAAGGAUUAUACUGCAUCUAGGCUUCAAGACCAACUCAAACCACAUACUAUUCUAGUGAAUUGUGCUGGUGUGACCACGCAUACUCUUUUACCAAGGACUAGUCAUCAACAGAUUGUGAAUACCAUCAACCUCAACCUCACCGUCCCGAUUAUAUUGAGUCAACUAUGCACUAAAUAUAUGAUACAGCAACGCCAACAGAAUCCAUCAAUUUUGAACAUUGCGUCAGUGUUGUCAUUGACUGAUCAUGUUUUGCCAGGAACUACCGUGUAUGCUGCUUCCAAAGCUGGUCUUUUGGGAUUUACAAAAAGUCUAUCAAAUGAAUUGAGAGGGAGAGUACGGGUAAACGCUCUUCUUCCGGGACUAGUCAAAGAAACUGAUAUGGGAGUGACUGUAAAUAGUGAUUUAAAAGUGAUAACUUUAGACGAAGUGGCCGACAAAGCGGCAGAGAUAUUGAGUGACUUGUCAAUAAAUGGUGAGUGUGUUGUGUUGGAGUAG